ACAAAACAUUGGAUUGUGGGUAAGUACUCAUUCAUAAACCAAUGAUGGAUUUUCGCGCGGAAUCUGACGGAAAUUGAUACACAAGCAAGUAGUAGUAGGCCAAGCCCAUGCUAUUCCUUUUAUAAGUGGUUUUAUACAUCCAAAUUUAUAUUUUCAUUUAGAAGAUGAUACGCUGGAUUCAUCGUCGACAAUUUUCUAGUUGCAAAAGUAAUGUACUUAAUGACGUGCCUAUAUAUGAUACCAUCAUCAAAUCUUUUAAUUGCUAUCAACAUGAUGAGCACGAGGUGGAUGGUGUGGAGCCCGGUAUUGUCGUACCUCCGUUUGUCUGCAAGUUCUGUCCAAAAAGUGGACAAGGACACAUUGCAGCCAUCGCCGAUGAAGAUGGUGUUGUCAGGCUCCUUGAUACUAGGGUCGUCAAUAAGUCUAUCAUGAAAGCUUUCACAGCACACAACAAUGCAAUAUUUGAUCUAGCAUGGGUGAAUGAUUCAGCUAAGCUUGUCACUGCAUCAGGUGAUCAGAGUGCUGUAGUCUGGGAUAUUGAAAAGCAUGUCUCCAUAGCAACAAUGAGAGGGCAUUCUUGUAGUCUCAAGUCUGUCGCAGUGAGCAAGUGUAACAGUAACAUACUUUCGACAGGAGCACGAGAUGGCAAUGUGAUGGUUUGGGAUUUGCGGUGCAAUCAAAGAGAAAAUGGUAGCUAUGCUCCGGUAAAGAUUAUUCACUGUGCACAUACGGAUCCUGCGGUAUUAAAACCACCGAAAAUAAAGCGAAGACGAUUGAGUCAAACAAAGCCCUCACGUGAUUCCCAACAAAGCGUCACAUCAGUUAUCUUUCAAGAGGAGAAUUUCCUGCUGACCUCUGGAGCCACUGAUGGUGCAAUCAAGUUAUGGGAUCUGCGAAAGUCUUACAUUGGAACUGCAAAAAAACCAGUGCGCCAGUUUACAUAUGCUGGACAAAGUUCAAGACGCCAUGGUUAUUCCUGUCUGACCCUUGACCCUGCUUGUAGUAUGUUGUAUGCUAGUUGUACUGAUGACAUUAUAUAUGAAUAUAAUCUUAUGUCGUCAUCGUCGGAUCCCAUUGGAAAAUACAAAGGUCAUCAGAAUUCCACAUUCUAUGUAAAAUCGUGUCUUUCGGCAGAUGGCAAUUAUCUAUUGAGUGGUUCUAGCGAUAAUAAUGCCUAUAUUUGGAAGGUUGGGUCGUGCGAUUCACCAGUGGUCAAAUUAACCGGUCAUCAGGGAGAGGUCACUUCUGUUUCUUGGUGCCCGGAGGAUUUUAACAAGAUAAUGACCUGCGCAGACGAUAAUACAUUCCGUGUCUGGAGAUCAGACUCAUCAAUUCAGACCAAUCAAGAAUCAGGACAUGGAAUUGUGGGAAGGGCAGAGAUUGUACCAGUGGAGAUAAGAGAUGUAGCAGCAAAAUCAUUUAAGUCAUUUGGCAUGUGCAGAGAAAUCCACAAUGGUGAAAGCAACACGCCAGUAGAGGGCAUCACAGCUAAUCUGCCAAAAGGAACCGCUAAUUUAUUCUCAGUUGUUAAGCCAGAACGACCGAAAGUAUUCCGGGAUGUCUCGCUUAUAACAUUUUUGAAAUUGCAAAAAAAAGACAUGAAAAAAGUAGUUGUAGACGACACAUGUAAUUUAAAACCAGAAAAUAUUGUUACUGAAAACACAAGAGAAAAUUGUGAUAAUGUUCAGAAGUCAAACUCAAUAGCACCAACACGUCCAAAUUGUUUGUCAAACAAAACUCUGAAAGUAAACAAGGAAAACUCACCUGAAACUAUAGAAUGUCAAUUAAAAAUGGGUGAAAUGAAUAAAUCAGAUGAGGAUGUAAGUUUAAAUAAAUUUGACUCGCCAAAGCGUAUAAAACAGUUAGAUAUGAGGAACAUUGUAAGAAUGUAUUUGUCUCCCACUGCGAAUCUCCCAAACAGAGUGGUGGAUUUAGAAUUCAAAGGUGAAAAGGAACUCCAUCAAGUUUGGAACAACACCAAGUCCGGAGACUCUCGUAAAAUGAAAUCUAAUUGGCUGGAAGAAUUCACUAAAAAGCUGGGGUCAGACUCAACGGAUGUUCACGGUACCAAAGUUGUAUCUAAAGGUUCUCCAAGAGUGAUGAACACAUUGAAGAGACCAGACUUAACCAGUCCAUGUAGAUACAAACGUAAGGUUCAGUCACCUGAUAGCAGUGAUGCAUGUCUGUCACCUACCAACAGUAGACCGUCAUCUCCUGUAUCAUCUAGGGUUACCACACCGAAAAUGAGGAAGAUUAGUGCCUAUUUCCAACCAAUUGCACAGUCAUAGCUGGACAUUUCUACAACUACUUUUAUAAUAGGACAAAAAAUGAAAUCUAGAGAGAGGAUAUCAACAAAUAUGUGUUUGUGAUUUAGAUUCUCAACAAUUAUUUUUAAUCAUUAUGCUGUUAACUUUGCUGUUGAUAAUUGAUGAGUAUUAAGACAAUGAUCACGUACAAAUGCAGUACAUUUAAAAUUGUUAAUGUUUGUCAAAAGACAUAACAAACAUUUAGUUUUAUAAAGGCUAUUUCUCAAUAAUGUUUACAGUCUUAUAAAGGCUAUUUUCCAAUAAUGUUAAAUAUAAUUAUGAGCAAAAUAUUUAUACCAUGUUUAUUGUUAACCUUCUGGUUAAUUUUGCCGUAAAUGAUCGAAUAAGCACCAAUAGCUCUUUCAAUGGUGUAUCUAGGAAUCUUUUAAUUACUUGAGCAUGAUUUUUUUUUUUUUUGAUGUUUGAGGCGGGGGUAGGGGUGGCGGGCUGGUAUACAACAUUUUAAGUGGCACCCUCAAAAAUUCAAUUUGAAUGUAUUUUCUUGUUUGCCAAUUUUUUUAUGAUACAAAAAAAAUAUACUGUAUUAAGACCAGGACCAGGCCUCCUUGCUUCUGCCUCUGAACACAUGCUACUUUUUUAACACUUCAAAAUGUUGUAAAGCUCACUACUUGAAUAAGUGUUCCUUAAAUAGCUUCGUACCAAAGCCUUCAAAAUUGUUAUAAGUGCUGUGGUGCUUAUUUGGCCAUUUAUGCGGUACCAGCAACCAACAAUAUGUUAAUUUAUAUCGUUAUUAUUGUUAUAUUGUACAAAUGAAUGAUGACAAUUUCUUGUUAUACAGUUUAUUGAAUUUGAUACUCAUUAAAUCAUUGGAAUUUGAA